CCUGCUCUGGUGUCUGGACGGGGCAGGCGGCGUGUUUCUGAUUUCACAGACCUCAGCUGUGAUGACGGCAAACCAAAGGGAGGAGAAGUUUAGGUCACAUGGUGCCGGAGUCAUUCUGAAAGUAUGCUAGCGGGGGAACAGCCCACAGACGGUGCCAUGCCACCAGCAUCAUCUCAAGAGCUAAACACCGUUUUCUAGCAGGCGAGAAGAUGAGGAGCGAAAACAUGUCUGACCCGACCACCGACUCCUACCCGACCAGCUCCACCUUCAUCCCCACCUUCAGCUCCACCGCUGCCCUGGCCUCCAGCUCAGGAACCACCAACACCUACGUCCAUGACAUCACGGCCGCAGACGGCCUGACCUCCAGAACCAACCAGGCCUACAGCGCCGUGGCCCUGCUGGGUUUCUGCGCCGGCUGCUUCGUCGUCUUCAGCUUCGUCCAGACCUUCCGGGCCCAGCGGCGGCUGGCCUGGCUCGACUGCCUCCUCUGGGUCUUCUGCGGCCUCCAGCUGCUGCUGCUGCUCCUGUCGCUGCACAUCGUGGCGCACCGACCCAAAUACAUGCCGAACUCACCGCUGGGCUGCGCCGCGCUCUCCUUCGCAGUCAACGCCGCGUCUCUCUGCGGUGUUUUGGUCUUGGUGCUGAUGGCGUUCGUCCUCACUCUGGACCCGCCGUCCAACGCGCCGCUGCGGAAGCCGUCGGUCUGCGUGGCGCUGGUGCUGCUGGCCUCGGCGGCGGUGAGCCUGCUGCUGGCAGGGCUUCGGGGCCUGCCGCCCGGGCAGGACUGCGUCAUGGAUCCGGCCCCGGCCGGGAUCGCGUACGCAGCGGCGAAGCUUUCUCUGGCGGUUCUGGUUCCCUACGCCCUGCAGGUUGGACUUCUGGUCAGCGGCUGCGUUCGCCAGUGGCGAUCCAAAGGCCGGUUCCUGUCAGGCUCGGAGGAGGGUCCGGUCUUUCUGACCAUCACGGUGCUGGUGUUCCUCUGCCAGCUGUUCCACUGCGCGGCGCUGCUGCGGGCGGCCGGGCUGGUCCAGAACGGCCAGGAGAGCCGCCUGGAGCGGGCCUUUCUGACCGUGGCGGAGUGCGUCCUGUUCUCCGGCAGCAGUGGCAGCAUGGUGCUGGUUCUGGUGCUGCACCGGCCCAGCCGGGAGAGCCUGCAGGGGGCGCUGCGGCAGCUGCGGGACUGCUGCCGGAGGCCCGGCCGCGCUCAGCCCAACAGGAACAUCAUAGCGCCGCAGAUCGAGAUCACAGACACGCUGCAGGACAUGGAGUCAUAGGCUGCCAUCUUUCUAAAUCUGUUACUGCAAACCGGAAGCGCAGAAGAACGCUGACGUCACAGCGGCGUUCUGUUUAUGGAAGUAAUAAUGGCCGCUGCUGCUCUAUCGAUUGGUUUCAAAGGGAACUAUGAUGCAAACUUCAUGUUUUCCAUGUUUUUAUGCUUCCAUUUGGGUCUCAACAAGGCCCGUCAUGACAGACUUUACUGUAAAUUUCAACCCCCAACAAACAUUUCUAUAUUUUUUCACAUUUUUAGCAAAAAGUAAGUGUAUGCUUGUGAAAUUAAAGGGAGUGAUGGUCUUAA